GCGCGAGGCAUCAGUGGCUCUAUAAACCAACAACAACAACAACAACGUGGGGAAGAUGACGCUCCUGAGAUUAAUUUUCUUUGCUGGAAGAUCACAAAGAAGUUGUAGCUCGCUAAGGGGGAAUAAUAAUGGACUCUGGUUGAGUAAUAAUGGACGCUGGUUGAGUGAUAGUGGAGGGAGAGGCCCCCAUCACCGUGCCCAGGAUGCCACCCGGCUCACCCUAGACCACCAAUAUUCAGUGCCUAAGGACACAAUUCUCUUCAAAUAUGAUAAUCCAAGGUUCUUCAGGCUCAUGAAUGUCUUUGCCAUGUCUCAGUUUUUCUUCUGGGUCUAUCUGAGUCACUUCGCGUUUUCCACCAUGAAAAACGUUCCGAUUUCCCAGGAAAAAAAGGAAGACAAGGAUCUGCCGUGGUGGAGGAAAAUAAAUUUUGGGAAAUACAGGAACGGUAUUGCGGCCGGAAGCUUUUUAAUAGGUUGGGGAACAUUGGCUAUCUGCUGGAUGUACACUCUUCGCUCUGUACGGUACUUGAUACUCAAGAAGGGUGGGAAGGAACUGCUCUUCAUCACUUAUACACCGCUUGGUCGCCACCGUUCCAUGACCGUGCCUCUGGAAAAGGUGUCUGCCAAACAGAGUCGAUUAUCAGCGAAGGUUCAUCUUCCCCUGAAGGUUCGAGGAACUUACUUCAACUAUAUCUUGGACAUGAGCGGCAGUUUCUUGAACUCUCAGCUAUUUGAUUAUUCUGCUGGUCUCAGGAGGAGCUGGGCUAAAUGAUAGAGCUUUAUUUUUCCCCAGGUUCAAAAAAUACUGGGGAAUAAUGAAUAUCAAAAUAGGGUGGCUGGAUCAUUUCGUAAAUAAAUCGCAUUUAGGACAGGAAAUGUACGACGAUGUUUCAUUCCUUCCUGGACCAUUGCUUUUCUAAAACUAACCAACCUGUAAUCAUGCAAAUUAUGAAACCUUCCACUGUAGCCUUGAUGUCCCUUGGCUGGGUGAACAACACUCUUGCCUCACAUGGUGAGUGUCUGGUUCAAUCCCUGGCAUGGGUGGAAAUGGAAAUAAAUGGUAUAAAAUACCGACACAAUGGAAAUAUAAACACAUAUGUAGUU